UUGUUUUUCAGUCACCUCCUUAACAUGUCUCAGCUGCUAUUCUCGUGACUCCUGGGAGGCCUGUGACAACAGCAGCUCACUAUGUAGUGGCAGUGAUACGGUCUGCACCACGGUCCUGUCUUCCUACGCAUCAAAUCAGUCUGCUAGCACCGUGUUUUCAAGGUACUGCACAAACCCGAUGGACUGCAAUUUGAAUGUGUCCGUCAACACUGGAAAUGAUCGUUACACGUGGACAUCACGGUGCUGCAAUACUGACAUGUGCAACACUGAAACAGUCAGUGUAUCCAGUGACACCAACGGGCUGAAGUGCUGCGGAGGAUCAAACAGGACUUGUGAGACCAUCGUGGACUGCCUGGCAGACGAAGACCACUGCUUCAUUUCAGUCACGGGUUCCAGUAUGUAUAUGGGAUGCUCUUCAGCAAGUGUGUGCCAGAACCCCGCAUCUGCUUUUACCAAUCUGGGACUGCCAGUGAGCUCACAGAUCAGCUGCUGUCAAGGUGGCCUCUGCAAUAAUCCCAAUACAAGUUUAACAUGUUACAACUGCCUUUCUGGCCAAUCGUGCAUGGAAACUCUGUGUCUAGGCGCAAAUGAGGUGUGUGCUACAGGAAUAUCGAGAUUUACCACAGGUCUGAAUUCCACGACAAUGGUUAAUAGAUACUGUGCGACGCCGGACAUGUGUAAUGUGAAUGUGUCUGCCACGUUUGCCAACUUAGGCAAUGCCAACAGUGUGCAGUGCUGCAACUCCGACCUGUGUAACACCGGAGAUGCAAUUCCCAUUUAUCCCAAUGGUUUGGUUUGCUGCUUGGAUUUGACCUGCCAGAACACGGUGACCUGCAUGGGCUCGGAGGACCACUGCGUGUUAUCAGAUCAAGGACUUUAUGUCCUACUGGGAUGUGCUUCAGCAAAUUAUUGUUCUUCUAUGUUGUGCUGUCAAAGGAGUCUUUGUAAUCAUCCCGCCUCCAGUCUGACUUGUAACAGCUGCUAUUCUUCUGAUUCUUGGGAUUUGUGUAGCAGCAGCAGUGCCAACAUGACAUGCCAGUCUCCCAGUAUGGAAUGCUCAUCAAGUCUCCAGUUGUCCACUUUUGGUGAGUCCUCUGUGACGACUAACAUGAACAUCCCGCCUCAACGCCUCCGUUAUUACGUCUGUUUGGCUUCUUAG